AUGCCUAAUCCUGAAGUUUUCAUUAAAGUUAUUUGCUAAAAAAUGGAUCUUGAGCCCAAAAUAUAUGAUACAGCUAUAUAUCUUAAUCAAAAAGCUAUAGAAAAGAAUAUAAUUAAUGGAUAACAUGCUGCAACUAUAGCAGCAAGUAUUGUUAAAUUGGCUGCUUCUUUAUAUGAUGUGGAAUUACCUGUUAAAUAAAUUUGUGAAACUUCUAAUGUAUGCUAAAUUUCUUUAAGAUCACUUUAUAGAUAAAUAUAUCCUUAAAGAUUUAAACUUAUAGAAGAAAAUAAUAAAUUAUGUAAUGAUAUUAAUAAAAUUAAAAAAAACAAUAUUUAGUAAUGA